CACAACAAAAUAAAAACGGUAACGUCAUUUGUUCAGCAAAUUAAUAUAAUUUUUUCCUCUGUUUUGCUUAUUGGAGAAAAGAAAAAUAAGCUGAAACUUAUAAUUUAUGGUGGAAAUUUUAUAAUGUCAUGCGAAGUAAAAUCUUAUGGCGAAAUUCGCGAUUUUCACAAACUACAAGAAUUCUUUGGUCUGGGUCAUGACGAGAACUGGCUGAAUGCUGUGAACUUUGCAAUAUCGCCAACGGGUGAGCUCAUCGCUUUGGGCCAGGGUGAAAAAUUAGCUCUGCUCUCAUCCCAGUGGGAUAAUAAAAGCCAACUUAGUAGUUAUGUACUCAGCUGGUGUGGUGAGCUAGAUAAUCCAAAUCAAAUUAUUACAUCUUUGCUCUGCUUACCCAUAUAUGGCAAAGGUGUUAGUGCCGGCGCUGAAUGGACUUGCAUUGCAAUUGGUCUUAACUCUGGCAUGGUAUUAUUUUACACUGACGCAGGCAUAAAAAUAUUUUCACAAAGCUAUCACGAUGAACCUGUGCUGCACCUUAAAGCAUAUAGUCCUCCACGACAUUCCGAAGCCGAUGCUUUUGUGUACAUUACGUAUGAUGAGUGUUUGUGCAUUAUUAAAGGGAGCGAAAUCUUUCCGUUGCUUGUAAGUUUGAGGUUCAAUUUCAAUCGCACAUUUGGCCGCAACACGCAUGUUGACACAUCGGGUCUACCCGCAGUAGAUGUACUGAAGUAUCAAAAAUUUAAGUUCUCGCGCAAAAACGGUACAAUUGUCAAUGAUGCUGUACUCACAGGCCCACGUUAUACCACCAUGUAUGAUCAUAUAAUUGAACAAGCUGUUGGUGUUGGAUAUUAUGCUAAAGUAUCUGCUACGCCCAUUCAACAUUCUAUGGUGGUAGGAGUUGGGGCUGAACCGUAUAUGGGAUUUUAUUAUGCAGAGGAAGGAUAUCGUACAACAACGCUAGGUGAUGUAGCAAAAGGUGUCAUAGACCUGACUUACAGAAGCGUUUGGGGUAAACUAUUUGGUCAGCCAGAAAAGAAAGAAGAACCAGAACCUACUCCAGCAAAAGAAUCAAUGAUGCGAUCACGAUGUCGAUUUUAUGAUGGAAAACGCGAUGGAUACACUAUUGCCAUUGCACCGAAUGGACGACUAGCUGCCGUAACUGAUAAUUUAGACCGCGUCGUUCUAGUCGACUUGCAACGCGGAAUAAUGUUGCGUAUAUGGAAAGGAUACCGCGACGCGCAAUGUGCGUUUGUACCGGUGAAAGAGCGAUCGUUGAAAGGAGUACAAACACAACACCGCAAAGCUCUGUUUUUAGUUAUUUACGCCCCUCGGUUGGGUUGUUUGGAGAUUUGGGCGUUGCAAAAUGGACCAAAGGUUGCGGCCUUUACGGUCACCAAAAGUGGGCAAUUAGCAUACAAUACACAUGGGCUGAUGGGCGUACCACCAGGCUUGAAGGUGAAAUCGUCCACGCCGAAUUAUUGCCUGUUUUUAGACCCCAGCGACGGAAGCGUUAAAGAGGUGCAAAUACCCUUUCAUUUUGCACUCAGUGAGAUCAACUCAAAAACGUCACGUGAUAUACACCUAUUACGCCGACUUAAGAAUCUCUUGCGCGACUCGGAAAAUAUUAGCCAUGUCGACGAAAUUGCUAAAUUAGCGGCCGACUUUCAAACCAUCGAAGUACGGCAACAAUGCUUGGAGAUGUUAAAAAAAAAUAAGCAAUUAAAACCGGAAAUAUUUCUCACAAUUAUAUCGGCUUGUGCCGAUUCACUGCGAAAGGAUUCCGAAGAAAAUGAUAGUGAAAUAAAUGAAGAGCACGCCAAAUUUAAAAUUGUGAUUGAUAAUUACCAACGUCUAGCGGAAUUUUAUUUGACCAUAAAGCGACCAACUGAAACAGAAUUUGAUGAUUAUUUAGAAUUAGAUGACUGUGAUUUGGUGACGAUCAAUCAAAUCGUGUUGCUGCUCGGCGACAAACCUGCACAAUCUACGCCAAACGAUAUCGACGCAAGUGCCCAAAAUAGCGGGAAAGUGACGUUCCAGGAACGGUGUCAGGAGGAUGGCGACUUUGUUGACUUUUUAAAUAUUUUCCAAGUAGAUACUGAAGAUAAUCUACCAUUGCUGCGCACAAAAAUCGAUAGCUUUGGAUAUAUUGGUAGCCAACUUUUCAGAGAAUUCUUUGAAAGUGGUCUCUACUUCGAAGAGUUUAAAUCGGCCAGUAUUAAAGCGAAAAUACCCGCUGAAGAUUUGAUGAUAUUAACACUACACUAUUGGAUGGAGAAGCCAUUCCGAUACCAAAACUGUGAUGAAGUUAUUGCAGAUAUGUCACGUCUAGCUGCUAUGAUAAAGGCGAUCUGCGAACUGGCUGGCGACCGGGUCAACGACUAUGCAUAUAAUGCCAUCUCACAAUGGUGGCAAGACAUUCGUGAAAUUCUUUUGGAAAGCCCUAAAUCGCUUGGUUUGCUAGCGGCAAUUGUGUGCAAGUCAGUGGCAUCCAAAUUGCGACGUGGUUUUAGAGAAGGUUCUUGCGACGAAGGCUCACAGACAGAGGAAGAAGAGAAGUGGGAACAAAUCUCACAUGACCAAGCACAAUGGGGCUUACUCAUCGGAAAACUGGAAGAUAUUUCAAUAUUAGGGGCGUCUGUUGAGCAUCCACUUCAAAGUAUCGAUCCAGUUAUGCCCGAACUGUCUUAUGAGUCACAAGAUUGUAGUUUGAAAUUCAUAGUGAAUGGUGGUAAAGGAAUCGUCUCUGACCUUACUGCGCAAUGGUUAAUCAAUUCACGCAUACAUCCAUCUAAAAUUGUUUCAUCGGAAUGUGGAGUAGAUGAGAUUAGUAUGCAAGAAAGUUGUAAGACUCCUACAAACAAAGACGCAACCGAAUAUGCCGAUGCCCCAACUAACGAUGAAGGCGGUGGUGAUAAAUGUUUACCUGACAAAAAAACCGUAGUGGAAUCUCAAGAUGAUCCAGUGCUGAAAAAAUUGACACUUCUACGCGAGCAUUUUCCUUUCAGCUUGGAAUCGGGCAUGUUACUUAGUGUUAUGUCAUGGCGGUAUAUGGUGCAUUGGAGUAAACAUUUGCCAUGUUUGAAUUACAUGCGCGCAGCACUCACUUGCAUGUCCCACUUCAAACCGAAAGAUUAUGCAUUAAAGCAUGGCAUUUGUUGUAUGCUUUGGAAUGCCACACUAAAAUAUCCGUUACAAUCGACCAUGAAACUCAUACAGAAGGUGGGUCGUUUGCCGAAAGAUAAAAUGUGCCAACAGGAUAUUGAAAUGUCUGCCGCAUUGGUGCCUGACUUUCUCGCAUUAUGCUUGGAGUUUUUAGAACAUUUCACCACUUCACUCGAUCACAGUAGUCGUGAAUUGAGAUUCGAAGAGUCGCUCACAGAGGGCCCACUGCCACUACAGUACCUUGCGUUGCAGCAGCACAACGCUAUUGAAGAAUUGUUACAACUGCACUAUGAGCUGUGUGCUGUAUUGUAUUUGAUUGCAGAAUUUCAAAUGAAAAUGCCUAAACCUAUUACAAAUGUAUUCGAUGCCUUGGCGAAUAAGGCGUUCUUUAGUGAUAUCAAUAAGGAGCUGCCUUUUCAUCUGCCAGAAGCGGAUCUAGUGCUGCAGCAACAAAGAGAACAUUUCUUAUGUAAAGUCAUUAGUGCGUCAAUGGACUUAAUACGAGAAGACAUGGAACAAUUGUACGUGGACGAGCACAUGAAAUCUAUGGCGAAGAUUAUGGCAUUGGCGGAAAGCUGGAAAUUGAGAAAAACACCACUAGUACGCCAACAAGCUGUAGAAAUGUACGCUCAUGGUUACGAUGCCCACGGUGAAGCUUUAUUAAAAGAGCUGCGAGACGACGAACAUAUUGCACGUUUGCUGCUUGAAGUGGCUGGAAAGCGCUUGAACUUGAUUGCAAACCGAUCAGGCGAUGCCUACAUGAAAAUUGCAUCUGUGGGUCAGCAGUUGUUACAUUUUCUGGACAGAUUGCGUGAGUUGCCUGACGGAUUCAUUCAAAUAUCUGCUACUGAAGGAAACGAAAUCGACAUAGUUGCUCUAUCAAAGUUGGUAACGCAGUGCUACGAUUUGCUCUCGCAGAAAGAGCCAACCAAACACCUUCAUAUUGCCGGUCAAAUGUUUGAUGCGUGUUCUUUAUUGCAAGAUUAGUUUAGAAUAAAAUAAAUAUACAAUUCUUUUUUUUUAACUAGCUCUAAGAAAUAUGCAUAAUGGUAAAUGAUUUUUUUAUUAUUCAAAUAACACAGCAAAAUAUAUUAUAUG